GUCAACUUCUCUCUUCUGUGGACAACGGAGGGAUACGUCCAGGAUGAGGGCUGGGGCGGGUUUCAAUGCGACGGCGGUGGCGGCGGCGGCCGCGCCGGUGGUGACGGGGGGAGGCGACCACUUGACCUGGCACUCACCGGUGCCGUACCUCUUCGGCGGCCUGGCGGCGAUGCUGGGCCUCAUUGCCUUGGCGCUCCUUAUCCUUGCUUGUUCGUACUGGAAGCUCUCCGGGUACCUCGAGGGCGGCGAAGACACGGGCAGCGGCGUCGAGCUGUACGUCAAGCCCGUCGCGGCGCCCACGGUCUACGAGGAGAAGGUCGUGGUGAUCAUGGCCGGCGAUGCGAAGCCGACGUUCCUCGCCACGCCCAUGUCGACCCGGGCGUCCUCUUAUGGUGAUCGAAGCUCUCAGAACGACGAUGAUGAUGAUGAUCACGAUGCGAAGAAGAAGGAGGAGACUGGAAAUGAGACGAUGACGAAGACGAAGGACCAAACCCAAAGCCACCGUGAGAACCAGGACGCACAAGUCUGAGGCUCCUUUUCCCUUUGUCUUCUCCUUUUAUUCUUCUUCGAGCCAUCAAGGCUGUAAAAUUUUCAGGUGAAGAUGAAACAAAGAACUGACCUUUUAGCGAAAACAAAUCAAAAUGAUCUCUUUUUAAUUGAAA